UGGCGCUCAGUUACCCCUUGGAUCCCGUCGCGGUCUCGCGUUCCGCCCGCUGCCCCGGAUUGACCCGAGCUCGAGCCCGUCACAAGUCUAAGUUGCACGUGAGAAUCACACGCGUGAGUUUCGGCCAAUCGCCUGCCAGUGAAAUUUUCCGGGGAGAUUUUCUACAGAACCGUCGGUGCAGCGCAAAAGGCGAAAUUCAGCUUGGAUUUUUUGUUGACAGAACGUUUAGAAACAUAUCUCUGCAUCUCGUGAAAGCGUCGCAAACUCGGUGAAUCGCGGACAGGCCCUGAUAUUCUGUUUUUAAUCCUCUUUGCUUUGAUACGGGUGAACAGUUGACGUAAAUUUUUCUGACAUUUCUCAGGUAACAUUCCUAGAACGAGAUACAAUUUGCGAUAGACGUAAGCAUCGGAAAUUAUAAACCUCAAGUUUCACAUAAGCAAUAAAACAAACUAUCGAGAAUCUGUGCUCUUGAGCUGUUAUUGGAUUAGCUAGGCCGUUGAGGGCAGGUUCCGUUCCGGUCGCUAAUGCUCACCUAGUUUCGCGUGUUCUCAUUUCGAGGAACGAAUGCAGUUCGUAGUAUGUUUCAUGUGCACCAGUGCUAGUGUUUGGACCAGUGUUUGGACAGGGACGUUUGAUCGAUUUUGAAGGAUUACGCUCCAAGUUUACAGAGCCCGUUAUUUGCGAAUGCGAUCCAGGUUACGAUGAGGUGGCUCCCUGCGAUACCACCAGUGCGAGAAGGCGAGGAUAAGAGAAUGGACCCGAGGACGACGACAGGACCGGGAUCUCGGCGGUGGUAAAGGGAGCGGACGGUCGGCUAGCACCUCGGCGAUGGACAUGGACAACUCGCCGGAGCUGGUGGACGUGCUCAAGCUGUCCAAGAAGCGCCUCAAACGGCUCCGAUGAGAUGAUCGUGAAUAUUAUGGACGAGCUGAUCGCGACCUUGCCGAGCAACGUAUCCGCAUCAGCAUCCGUAUCAGCAUCCGUAUCCGCAUCCACCGCAGCGGCGACGACGCAAUCCCUCCUCCGGUCAUCGACCUCCGUGACGAUCAGCGUCACCUCGGUCACGAUCAACUCGGUGACGACGGCGAUGGCGAUCCAGCAGACGACGCUGGCGGCGGCGACGACGACGGCGGCGGCGAUCCCGACGGCGGUGGCCGAGAUGGUGGCGCACCAGAGCAUGGCGCUCGUCAUCACCAAGGCCAUCAUCAUGGGCACCAUCAUCGUGGCGGCCGUCCUCGGCAACGCCCUCGUCAUCAUCUCCGUCGUCCGGCACCGCAAGCUCCGCAUCAUCACCAACUACUACGUCGUCAGCCUCGCCUUCGCCGACCUCCUCGUCGCCCUCUGCGCCAUGACCUUCAACGCCAGCGUCGAGAUCACCGGCCGAUGGAUGUUCGGGUACUUCAUGUGCGACGUGUGGAACUCGCUGGACGUGUACUUCUCGACGGCCUCGAUCCUGCACCUGUGCUGCAUCUCGGUGGACCGCUACUACGCCAUCGUGCGCCCGCUCCAGUACCCGAUCACCAUGACCCACCGCACGGUGAGCUUCAUGCUGGCCAACGUCUGGGUCCUCCCGGCGCUCAUCGCCUUCACGCCCAUCUUCAUGGGCUGGUACACCACCGCCGAGCACGAGCUCUUCCGCCGCAAGAACCCCCACGUCUGCAACUUCGUCGUCAAUAGCUAUUACGUCAUCAUCUCCUCCUCCGUCUCCUUCUGGAUCCCGGGGGUCGUCAUGCUCACCAUGUAUUAUAGGAUAUACAAAGAGGCAGUGCGACAACGUAAAGCCCUGUCUCGGACCUCUAGCAAUAUAGUUUUGAACUCAAUUCACCAGCAUCGGAUGCAGCACCGGAGCCACUACAGUCACCGACUCCACGCGACCCCACGGGGGGACGGUGACCUGCCCCCAGCGCCGGCCCCCCUGGCCCCCCUCCCUGUGUCCCCCCCUCUGCCUCCCCCUCUGCCGAGCGGCCAGCUCUCGCCCAACAACUCCAGCUGCCUCUCGUCCACCUCCACCAACAACAAUAAGGCUGAUUCCACCGUCACGCUCAACGUAAACGGCUCAACGUCAACGACUGUGGUGAAAACAACUACGUCUUGGCGGACUGAACACAAGGCUGCUCGAACUCUAGGCAUCAUUAUGGGUGUCUUCCUCAUCUGCUGGCUCCCGUUUUUUCUAUGGUACGUGAUCACGACGCUUUGCGGGGAGCCGUGCGACUGUCCAUCGGUGGUGGUGACGGUGCUCUUCUGGAUCGGGUACUUCAACUCGGCGCUGAACCCGCUCAUCUACGCCUACUUCAACCGGGACUUCCGGGAGGCCUUCAAGAACACCCUCCAGUGCGUCUUCCCGUGCUUCCUCCGCUGCUGCCCGCCCGAACCCGACAACUCCAAGUUCAUGUAGCAAAGGCGCCGUCCCUCGCCCACGUGUCAAAUGGCAAUCAGCGACAUCAGCACCAAACACCAGGAGCAAUCGCUUCACUGAAAUUGGUCCCCGAAUGUCGUCACAUUCCGGCCCAAGUAUCACAAGCGCCAGGCGACGUUUAAAAAUUUCCGCCGCACUGAAAACAAUUCUCGGCGUU